CAAUAAAUUUUCAUAAUAGCCACAAAACCAGAUCAAAAACACAAAAAAAAAUAUAUAAAAAAUCAUUAUUUUAACACGGCGCACGAACUUUUUCCUCAACCUAAUAUCUAAUGAUCCGUUGAAAGAGUAGACGCAUUGAAAAACAUACACGUUUCACAGUGGUACAAUAAGUGAAGUGUAAUAUAUAGUCUGUAGUUAGUUGCACAUGAUCUAAAAAGCAUUUUGUAUACUUUUUCAAUUCUUUUUACACAUAAAUUAAUUAAAAUUUUGGUAUUUAAAUAGGAAUUAUGUUGGUAUUUUCUGAAGUCAAAUUUUCUUACGUAUUUUAGUUACUGAAACAUAUUUGAUAUGAUCGGUGAUAGUGUUAACCUCAUGACAAAAAAUAUUAUUUAGCUUUGAAACAAAGAAAAAGAAUACAUGAAAUAGACAUUAAUAUAAUUGUUGUUUAAAUACAAAAACUUUAUUCAAUCAAACUGUAUUUUUCAAAAAACUAAAAAAAGCAUAUGAAAUACUUUCCCUUUUCUUACGCAUUGUAUCUUUUAGACAUAAUUCAGAUCUUUCUAAACAAUUUUUAAAUAGAAUCUUUUUUUUUGCUACAAUGAUAAUGGUGUUUCGUUUUGUCGAUUUGUUCAUUAGUAUCAGCCUUCUUCUAGUUAACAGUGUGUCAUUCAACUUAAAAAAUAAGAAAUUUAUUUUAUUGUUCUUUCUUGUAGAUAUAAAUUUUAGCCGUAUAACAAUGUCAAUAUUACAGUUUCCAGCUGAAUUAUUUUUAGAAAUUUUCCGUUAUUUAUCCGGUAAUGAUAUUAUUCAUUCAUUUUUCGAUGUUGAUUUCAAAAUUGAUUCAAUUAUAUCUCUUGAUUCACAUUUAAUGUUUGAUUUAAGAAAGUUAUCUAAAGAUAAAUUUGAUUAUUGUUGUCAACAAUUACUACCGGAAUAUUCUGAACGAUGUUAUUCAUUAAAAAUAUCAAAUGACUUAACAUGGAAUGCAAUUACAUUAUUUUCAUCUAUAUUUGACAUUGAAUUAUUAUCAAAUUUAAGAUCAUUGACAUUAAUUUAUUUAACAUUUCAAGAAUGUAAAGCUUUUUUAUCAAAACAAUUACCAAGAUUAACUUAUUUAUCAAUUAAACUCAAUAUUACACAAACUGAUCGAAAAGAUAUUUCACAAAUAAUAUCAGCUGAUAUACUUCCGGUAUUAAAAACAUGUGUAUUAGAAUAUCGUGGACAAUUAACAUUUCAACCACUAACAGCUAAUAAAUCUGCAUAUUUAUUAUCUCCAAUUCAAUAUUUAUCAAUUGAUGGUUGUUCCUAUGAUGAUUUAUUUAUCAUAUUUCAAUAUUUUCCAAAAAUUAAAUCAUUAAAAGCAAAAAUAUUAGAUUAUAAAAAACAGUCAACAGAUAUUUAUGAAAAUUUAUGUACAUUAGUGCCAUAUUUAAAUGAAUUAAAAUUACAAAUUGAACAUGUACCAUUUGACUCUAUUGAACUUUUAUUAAAAAAUUUAUCACAAUUAAAAUCAUUUACAUUAGAUGUAAAUCAUAAUCAAGAAUAUUUAGAUAGUCAAAGAUGGAAACAUGUAUUUGAACAAUCUUUACCCGAUUUAAAACAUUUUCAUUUUCAUUUAACAUUACAUCGUCGUAAACAACGAACAUUUAAUGGUGUACUCGAAUCAUUUCAAACAAAAUUUUGGUAUGAUAAAUGUUGGUAUAUAACAUAUUAUUAUAAUGAAAAUUUGGAACAACUCCAUAUUUAUACAGUACCAUAUCAAUUUAAAGAAUUUAAUUUAGGUACAAAUCUAAUUCAACCAAUUAUACUAUUUUCAUCAUUCGAACUAAUAUCAAAUAUGGCCAAUCUUGACAUGAAUAGAAAUCAACAAGAACAAAAUCAAUUAUCCUAUGUUGACAUGACAGCUUAUUGUGAAGUUGAACGAUUAAUAAUUCAAAAUUAUUCCAGUACAUUAACAACAUCAAUUGCACGUCAUUUGCCCAUAUUUCCAAAUGUUCAUUCGUUAGAACUAAAUUAUGCACCAUCAACAAUUUCUGAUCUUACUCAUUUAACUCCAUUAAAUAAAUUGAAACAUCUUGAAAUGCUUAUACCAUUAUCAUCACACAUUUUCUUAGAUCUAUUAAAAUCAUGUUCAAUGUUGUCAUCAUUAACAGCUGAUUUUAAUAAUUUGUUAAAUACAACGUUUCAUGUUGAUGAUGAUAAUGAAUAUUUAAUUUCGUAUGUUCAAAAUAUGAUUAAACAGUGUUGGUUAUGUGGAAGUUAUGUGACGAUUGAUGCUAAUAAUAGGACAAAAUUUUUAUCUAUAUUCAAAUAUGUUGAAUAUUUUCGUCUAACAAUUGAAACAUUUGAUCAUUUAAAAACUAUUUUACCAUUAUUAAUGGAUAAUAUGCAAAAAUUAAUCAGUCUACAAAUUGAUUUAAUUGAAAUUAUACCAGAAUUAAGUGUUAUUGAAUGGUUAGAUCAAAAUAAGAAACUAUUGGGAACAAGUUAUCGCUACAAUUAUCAAACGUACAGUUUUAGAAUAUGGAAAUAA